AUGGUUAUUAGCCAUAGUUACACUCAAUCAGUCAUGACCAAAAGCAGAGGUGAACAUAUGAUAGAUCUGCUUUCAUGCGAUAAGCUGGAUAUAAUUGGUAAUAUUUGCACAGCCGCACCUGUAGGCAAUAUAAACAAUCAUUAUCAUAGCAGUGUUGACUGGGUUGGUACCUUCCAAUCUUGCUCUGAUGUAAAGAUAAUCUCACCGGGGCAUCUAGCGUCUUCCUUUGACACGAAGAUGCAACCACCUAAAAGAGCUUCGAUUACAAAUUGUGAUGACGAUUGGCGAUCGUACAGAGUUUGCCGGGACAAACUCCAAAACAAAUUAGUAAAAGCAUAA